AUGUAUGAGAGGGAAGAGAGGGAGGGAGCGAACCGGCGGGUGCUGUGGAGGCCAGAGUACGGCGAGUUCCAGAUCGAGGCCACACCCGGACAGCCAUACGGACACCAAAACGAGUUAAACGACGACAAUAUUUGGCACAAUCUGUUCAAUACGGUUGAGGAGAAUAUGAAGAGCCGGCGCCGGGAGAUCCGAGAGCUGCUCGAUCACGAUGAAGCUAUUAUAUGCAUCACAAACUUUCCUAGAUUAGGCAACGAAGACAUAAGUGUACCCUAUUGUAGAGCUGAUCCGGCGAACAGCACAACAGGCAGUAUCUUUGCUUCGGAUGAGUUGACCUGCAUUUUUCAUCCGCGAUUAGGCAACGAAGACAUAAGUGUCCCCUAUUGUAGAGCUGAUCCGGCGAACAGCACAACAGGCAGUAUCUUUGCUUCGGAUGAGUUGACCUGCAUUUUUCAUCCCCGGUAUUUGAGGACCAGUUAUAAUGUGGUCCAACGGAGGGGUCGAAAGGUGUCCAUCAAUGUUCCCAUUUUCAAAGACACCAAAACUCCGGACCCUUUCGUCGAGAUAUUCAACGACAAGGAGUCAAAGAGAGCGGCAAAAGUGGAUCACAUUUACUUAGACUCCGGUGUGUUUGGGAUGGGAUGCUGUUGUCUACAGGUCACACUUCAGGCCACAAACAUAGACGAGGCGAUGGUUUUGAACGACCAAAUGGCACAAUUGGCGCCCAUUAUGAUGGCUUUGAGCGCCGGUGGACCCAUCUAUAGGGGCUAUCUAUCGGAUAGAGACUGUCGAUGGGAUGUCAUAUCAAACGGUGUCGACGACCGGACGCGAGAAGAGUUGGGAGAGAAACCGCUGAAGAAUGAAAAGUUUCGGAUUCAUAAAUCACGUUACGCUCCCAUUAAUACAUAUCUGUGUGAAUGUAAUGCUAAAUAUAAUGACAACCCUAUUGUGUAUAACACGGAGUUUUACAAUGAGAUGAUCAGUGCCGGAGUGACACCAUCUCUGGCUCAACACAUGGCAUAUGUGUUCAUUAGAGACCCGACGAUCACAUAUCGCGAGAAAUUGGAUCAAAACGAUAGCACAGAAACGGAUCACUUCGAGAAUAUUCAGUCAACCAAUUGGCAGACAAUGAGGUUUAAACCGCCGCCUCUUAACCAACAGUCCAUCGGUUGGAGAGUAGAGUUCCGUCCGAUGGAGAUCCAGAUGACUGACUUCGAAAACGCCGCCUUUUCUGUCUUCACU